AUGCAUUUAGGUCAAUAUUAUAAUAGUAAUCUCAUUGAAAGGCUUGAUUCUUAUGCAUCGAAGCUCAACUUGGACGAAUUAAUCGCCAAAGAAUGUGAAUUUAACGAAACUCUCAAAGAUUUUUGGAAGAAAACACAACGAAAAAUUGUUUCGGAGAAGGAUUCUUGGGAAAAAUUUUAUGCGCAAAUUGGAAGCUGUGAUUUGUAUAGAGAUGUUGAGAUAAUUGAUAGGUUAUUGAAUGAUCUUCACACAUUGCAAGUAAACAAUGUAGCUAUUAUGAGUGGCGGUUCUCAAGUCAAAUUAGUUAUUACAUUUGAAAAUGAUGAACAAGCAGUCUUUAAGCCGAUGAGGUUCGGCCGAGAUCACGAAACUGAUCCGAAUCACUUUUAUUUUAGUGAUUUCGAGCGCCACAAUGCUGAAAUAGCAACAUUCCACUUGGACCGAGUUAUUGGUUUUCGUCGAGCUGUGCCAACGGUUGGUCGAGUAUUCAACAUGACGUCGGAAUUAAUGGAAAAAGCCGAGAAAGUACUUCAAAAGACUUUUUUUAUAUCACCAGCUAAAAAUCUGUGUUUUGUGAGUAAAUGUGAUUAUUACUGCGACACGAAUCAUGCGAUAUGUGGAAAACCAGAUUUGAAAGAGGGUUCAGUCCAAGUUUUUCUGCCAUAUGAUCGUGGACGGGACCAAAUGGCUGAUUGGCAAGAAGACAAUGAUUACUGUACAAAAACCGUUAAACGACAAAAGGAUUAUGCUCAUGGCAGAAAACUGCUCGAUUUGAUCGAUUUACACAUUUUGGAUUUUCUCAUAGGCAAUAUUUCAGAUUCUCUUCGUAAGAUAGUCAUUGAAUCUUCUUUCUGUGUUCAAGUAGAAUUACCAUAA